UUGCUGAAGGGUAAAGUUAGGAAUCAAGCAGUGCGUUUACGACCGAAAAUAUUUUACAUUGGAACUCAUUCAACAUUUUCAAAAUGGGAAGCUGUAAGGAAAACGAACUGGACGAAAUUUUGGCAAUCCAGAAGCGCGAAGAGAAUCUAAUGAAGCUCAUUCAGGAAACUGGCUGUGAAAUUAUACAAGAAAAUAGCCAACGGAAGUUCGGUGGACCACCAUCAAUUUGGGAAGGCCCACCCCCACCGAAAGGCACUGAAAUUUUUGUGGGGAAUUUACCACGUGACGUAUUUGAGGAUGAGCUAUAUGGACUCUUUGCAACUAUCGGGCCCAUUUACAAGCUUCGUUUAAUGAUGGAUUUUAGAGGUUCAAAUCGUGGAUUCGCGUUUAUCCAGUACGCCCACCGACAUGAUGCUCAUCGAGCAAUCGAGUUGAUGAAUAACUACGAACUGCGACCGAGACACCAUAUUGGAGUGGUGAAAUCUAUUGAUAAUUGUCGGCUUUUCGUCAGAGGUAUACCUAAGAACAAAUCUCGCGAAGAAAUCCAAUGUGAAAUGGAAAGAUUGACCAAAGGCGUGUCUAAAGUCAUCGUUCACAGUUCCAUCACAAACAAAACUAAAAAUCGUGGUUUCGCCUUUGUCGAAUAUAUAAACCAUAGGGCUGCCUCCAAGGCUCGUAGAAAGUUAAUACCCGACCAGAUUCAAUUGUGGGGCAAAGCAAUUGCUGUUGAUUGGGCUGAACCGGAGAACGAAAUCGAAGAAGACGUCAUGCCGAAGGUUACGGUUUUGUACGUACGCAACUUGUCACUGACCACAACGGAACAAGUAUUGCGAGACAUUUUCAAUCAGGCAUCGGAUGAUAAUGUGCAAAAAAUUAAAAUGAUGCGGGAUUUCGCAUUCAUUCAUUUCAAUUCCCGAGAAAAAGCCGAGAAAGCCAUGCACACUAUGAAUCAGGCAGAAAUCAAUGGGGCGACGAUUGAGAUAACUUGGGCGAAAACGGUCAGCAAAACGUUUACAUGAACUACUUGCUGAAUUAAAAACAAAACAAUUCAGCGCUUAAUGCCUGAGUAAACUAGCAUGCAGUUUAU